AUGUUGGAAAGCAAGAAGCCAAUAAAUAAGGAGUACUUAGGCUUUUCCGAUAAAGAAAUCUACUGCUGUCUAAAAACUAUUUAUCAGUCUUUUAGCGCGGUUGAACUACGUAAUUGGAUACAUGAAAGUUGUGCUUUUAUCUUUAAAUGUGGAGAGAUACAUUUUUCGGAUUUAGUGAUUUUUCUGUGUCGCUUAAAAACGGUUACAAACGAUUCAUUCAUAAAUAACCCACUUCUUCCUGAUGAAGCAAAAAGGCAUUAUCUGAGGGUAUUCAUAAAGAAUAUUGAUUAUGUAGUUCUAUUCAGAACUCUGGAACAUUUUCUAUCAGAAUACGGAUUUGAUGGGAAAUUCGAGGGGUUUAUUCUUUGCUUUUUCCGUAAGCAACGUGAGUUUCUUCUCAACAUGUUCGACAGUUCAAUUGAUUCUGAUCUAAUAAAGAUAGACUCAAUAAACCUUUUGAAGUUAUUUGACAACUUUGCACCAAACAGUCAAUCUGAUAUCCUGUCCGCGCAGUUACUUUGGAUGAAUUUCUUUACAUCGCGAUGGUUGUCAUACAAUCCAAUGCAUCUGCUUGAUUUGAAGUUUCGUAUUUCCGUUACUGCUAGUAAAGUGCUUCACUAUAAUGGUUACAGUGAUGCAUCAGAAGCUCUGGCAAGAAAAUCGCUGGUUGAUUUUGCUGAGAUGCAUCAACUACGGGACCAGGAGAAAAGUUUGAUGUCGACCACCUCCAGUAAUUUAUUUCACGUGGUUGCUAUCGAACUUUCUUCCAUGGUGUUUAAACGAUCUGUCUUUGAAUCACGUAAACGUCCACAAGGUUAUCUCCGACCAAAAGUCAGGGUUGAAUUCGCUACACUAUUACAGCAUUCAUGGCCUCGAACAAUUACUGAACGUUAUCUAAAUCAAUUAAUUCCAAAUUCAUCUGCUCAAAUAUUAGCUAUUUUAGAAGCAUUAAGCUUAAAGCCUGGAGAAAGAAGAAGUUUAAUCACACCAAAACCACCAGUAGAUUCAUCUGAUUGGGAAAUGUCUGACGUUUAUACUGAACUUUUUAUUGCGUCAAUGGAGUUAAUUUAUCCAAAUUCUUCUAAAAAAUUGAUUCCUAAUUUUCUAUCUGGAAUACACGUCAUUCGUAAAAUACCAGUAGAUAGAGAGAAAACUUCUACAGGUUUAAUAAAUCAUACAAUAGCAUUGAAUGAAACAAAAUUUUUGAAAUGGACACAACUAGAUUUAAUUCAUUAUCAGUACAAUUACCAUGAUUCCGCCGAAGAAUAUGAUGAAAACGGAGAAUUGUCAUCAGAAUCAAAAGCAACACCUUCAUCAACUAUAAAUACAAACGUUAGUUGUACAAUAGAUAGUUUGAUGAAAUUAAUACAAAUCUAUUUUGCAUGUGCUCAGUACGAUAUUUUCGAUUUGGUAUCACGAGAUACUUUGCAUGUUUUCGAAGAAAAACUAUCAGAUCUAAUUAAAGAACAAGCACCUAAAGAAUUUAUACAUUAUAUUCAAGCACAAAUUGAUACAUUAGAAUUACUUCGUGCGUUACACUCUGCACAGUUGUCAAUAAAAGUAUUGAAUAAAAACGAGAUAAUAGAGGAUGUAUUACAACAACCUAUUGCACAAGAAACUCCAGCGGCUAAUUUAAGUAAAAGUUCUAUGAAACAACAGGAUACAUCAAAUUCGGCAAUCGAUUUCUUGGAUAGUGAUAAAGAAGUAAAUUCAACUAGAUUAUUACAUAAUCAAACAUUGAUUUUAAACUUUUUACCAAAAGGUAUAAUAAAAUUAAUACAAAAAUUGCAUAAUAUCGUUAAGAAAAUAGAUGAACUUCAGAUCUCUAUGUAUGAUAAUGCAAUUUUGAUAGAUAUUAUUAUAAUAUUAUGGGAUUAUUGUCAUAUAUUAUGUCAUAAAUGGUUCAUUCAGAAUAAAUUGAAAAUAGAAUAUUUCAACACAAUUCAAAUGAAACUAAUUGGAAUUCUUUACUUAUUUAGUCUUAUGAAGACCUUACUUGAAUCGUUAAACAUUGAUGUAGCAGAUGGUUUGAUGUCAUGUAAUCUCAUAUUUUAUGUUAUAUGGAUUACGGAAAUGUUUGAGCAAAAAUUAUUUCAUCAUAAUUCUAGGAAAGAAUCAAGUCAUAAUUUUCUAUUAGAUUCAAUGAAUAUUAAAUUAUUAUUAAAAGCAUUAACGUUACAAAUGAAACCAGAUGAUGUUUGUGGUGCUACAGAAUGCAAUGAAAACGAUAAGUUAGCCAUAUGUUUAAUUGAUCUUUGGACUGGUAUAUGGAAUAAAGUAAUGGAUAUAAUUUACUGGUCACGCAAUAUGAUUAGUAAAAGAAUGAUAUUCCUUCAGAUAAAUCAUCCGAAGAAUUUGGAAAUUAAUAGUCUUUCAGAGCUACAAGUUGAACUGUUGUGGUUCGAGCACACAAUCCGAUGGAAACUCCGAAAUUUAGAAUGGUUAACGUGGUGUGAUUUGAAUGAAAUGUCCAAAGAAAAAGUACACAAGAAAAUUGAACAAAUGGAUGAAAAUUCACUUAAACAAUGUGGUCGAAAUAAAAUGUCUAAAGUAUUUUACUAUUGUCUUAAAGCAGAAACUGAAGUAAACAAUGAAACAGCUAAAAAAUAUUACAAGAUUGCCGAAAAACUACUAUUCAAUAAAUGGUCAAAUGAAUUCCAUUCUAUUGGUAGUAAAGAAGUUAUCGAUUGUCAACGAUCAACUGGUUUUAGUAAGCCACAUGAAAAUACACUGGCUACUGAAAGGUUUCGGUCUGAUAGACCGCCACCACCUAUAGUGAUUGCUAAAUGCGAAAAUUCAAUGGUAUUUCAAACACAAAAGUGGAAUCCGUUAUCUGGAGAACAGGUUCAUUUUUAUGCAUUAUACGGAAAACAGACAUUUGUAUCCAAUCAGAAAGUUCACAUCACUGAUAAUAAGUUAACCAACACCGGGAUUUUGGUCAUUUGCAAUAACAGUUCCACGGCUUACAAUAAAGAAGGUCACCCGAUAGGAUCACAUAAACAUGGUUUAGGUCACAGUACAAAACCGGUUUUAGCUUAUUCUUCGCUAUGCAUUUAUACGGGAUUAUGUCAUCUUCUACAGUCGGCGUUUCGACGUAAUCUAUCCCAAUGUCUAAUGGCUCAAUCAGUUAACAUAAUCUGGGAAUAUUUAACAGAGAAAUAUGAUACAAUAGAUGAUGAUAAUUCAACUCAUUUAACUGGUUUAAAGUUGAAAGAACUAAAUAGUUUCCAAUGUUCAAGCAUAUUAUUGAAGCACCUAACGACAUGUAUUUUAUGGCACUGCUCAUUUAUUCAGAAGUCUGAAAAUCUACGUUCAUGUACAUUUGAUAAUUCCACUUAUUUGUUGGACAAACAAAUUCAGAAAAUCCAUUUGUCUGAAAAGUUGAUAAUUGGUUUGGAGUUAAGCGCUGUGUUGAAUGAUGUGCAACUAUUGCUAGAUUUUGCUAAUCUGAUCUAUGAAACAUUGAGUUUUAACAUAGAAAUGAGUUCUGUAACGCAUGAUUAUGCUAAGAUUCUAUUAAAAUCAUUAACAAUAAUUCUUGGCGUUAGAAAAUGUACUACAAAAUUAAUAUUAUUAGAUGAAACAUUGAAUAGAAAACUUACUCAAAUAAUGAUCAAGUUUACAUUUGAAUUAAUCAAAGUUUUCGAAGUGUUAAAUGAACUUAAAGGUAUUGUUACAAUAUUGAAAAUUGUAAAAGUCACAUUAAGUCAAUUAAUGAAAGAUAUCAAACCAAGCAUUAACAUGUCAACAAAAAAACGGAUUUCUCAGGGUAAACUAAGUUCGAAUUAUUUAACUGGACGAAGAAAAUCAAGGCAGAAUACCGAUCAAAUGGAUGAAUUAAACUCAGUCAUUAAAACGAUAGAUGCUUAUAGCUAUCUGGUUACAGCUAAAUUAAAUCCUCCAAGAGGAGAAUUAUUUGGUUACGAAGAUGAAUAUCAAGCGAUUGCAUGUAUGGCAACUAAACCAAUAAAAGCUGCAAUAAAAGAUGUAAUAAAAUUCAAUCGGCGAACAAUAUUUUUACAAUUGGUCAAUGUAAUUUUAGAAAGAGUUCAUGUUAGUCAAAUUAAUUUGAUUCAAUCAUGUUUAAAUGAAAUACGUACAUGGUUGAAUCAUCGUGAUCAAUUACUUGUUAAAUCAUGUCAAUCCUAUGAAACAACAGAUAUAAUGAAAUUAAAUGAUAAUAUGAAUGCAACCAGUCUAGAUAAGACAAAAUCAGCGGGCUAUUCGCAAGAAAUGAAUCACCUGUUCAGUUUGCUAACUGAUUAUUACUCGCACAAAAUGAGACGUAUGAAACUGAGAAAUGUAUGCCAAGAUGAAUGGACACAACGUUCACAGUUCAAUCUACUGCAGGCACAAACUGAACAAAAUGAAUUAUUGGAGAAAUGGCAACCGAUUAUUGUUCAGACAGAAGUAUUGGUGAAGAUGGAACAAUUGGAGUGGUUCACAUACUAUAAAGACAAUAUUAUUAUUGAUUAUGAUCAAACACUAACUGAAAGUUUGCUAGACAAACAGAGUAAAAUGAAUCUCAGAAAAUCGAUAAACCAUAUAGACAAUAAAAAAUUGGACAGAUUGGUUUUCAGCGUACCACAAGGAAGCACCAGAGCAGCUUAUAAAGCAUCCCAAGCUAUAUUCAAUUAUUUGGGUUCAUUUGUUCAGGAACAUCUAUAUGAUACCCAUAAUUAUGAAAAAAACGAUAAAAAUCAGUGUCCAGUUAUGGAAAAUGAACACGAAAUAAAUGAAGAUUUUAUUGACACUCAGUUUGUUCUAAAGUUAUCAGACAACAUUGAAAAAAUCUUUGAUUUUAUAAAAAGAUCAACAAAUCUUGGAUAUCGAGCUAAAUGUUGGCCAAAAGUGUAUAAUGCUGCAAAAUUCUGUUGGAAUGCAACAUCAUUAUUAAGUUCACUGUUGUGUAAACUAUCAGUAUGGUGCAAUGAAGCAAAAAUACGCAGAGAAACAGAUGUAAAGUUAGAAGCAAACAUCAGAAUAACUAACAAAAAUUCACGUAAAGGAAUAAAUACAGACGGAGAGAAAAACUCACUCCAAACACAAGCACGUAAUAGCUCAGUUUCGGAAAUUAUGAAUUACUUAAAGCAAUGUACAAAUCGUAGAGCAUUAGCCAACAUUGCAUGGUCUUGUUGGUUUAUGUCUACUGAUAAUAUCUUAGAUUUAUUUGGAUCUUCACUGAAUCAUACGAAAUCACAGAAACAAAGUCCAGAUAUGAUAAUGAUUGGUUAA